AUGAAGAUUGCUUUAGUACUGACGUGUGCCCUUGCAGUAGGAAAAAUACACUGUACCGGUUGGCCUGACCCAAACUGUGGUCAAAAUGUCGAACGAAAUUGGCCCAAGUACAUAGUGGGAGGAUGGAGGGCAGAGUUAGGAGACUUUCCCUGGCAGGUACUUGUGGGCGUAAGAAGAUUGUACACGUACAAAUUGUUUCUUUGCGGAGGGUCGAUAAUAACUCGAGGCAUUGUUCUCACUGCAGCUCACUGCCUUCACAGAAUAAGUCUUAAAGACUCGUAUGUCGAGGCAGGAUUUGUGAACAGGAGAAGGAAAGGUCCGUAUCAUCAAAAACGAAAUGUAAGCAUACUUGAUUUACAACAUCGUGUCGUUUAG